ACUCACUUAAGUCAUGAAGGUUCUGUUGAUUAUUGUGCUAUUUCUAACGCUGGUAACAGAUUCUGUGCUGUCAUUGGAUGAAGAGCUCCUUGAUCCCUUUGGCUGCAAUGAAACGUUGUUUGAUACGAAAACCUGUCACCGAGUAUCCUACGAUUAUUACUGCACGAUUUCCAGAUCUACCCAGGACUGGUUCCGUGAACUUUAUAACGAGGCUCUAGCCGACGGUCCGCGCACCCGUAAGGAGAUCAGAACACUGGAUGAUGCUGAGAGACAGGCGUAUAUUGAUGCCGUAGUUGCUCUAAAGAACGACAAAAGCGUGUGGCCAAACAAAUAUGACGCAAUCGCAAUGAUCCACACCAAUCGAACAAUUUGUUCUGUUCAUAAGGGAACCAACUUCUUGGGAUGGCACAGGGUCUACCUCUUAAUAUUUGAAGCAGCUCUUCGUCAGAAAAACAAAAACGUGGCUCUACCUUACUGGGCCUCUGUCAUAGACAAUUACAUGGACAAUCACCCGAUACCAAAUAAUUCUGUCAUUUUCACAGACGUAUUUCUUGGAAAUAGCGACGGAAUUGUACGAACAGGCCCCUUUAAAUACUGGAAAGAUCUUGAAAACUGUACACUUCAAAGAAGCCCGAAUUUCAAUAACUCUAUGCGAUUAAUGUCGCCAAAUAUAAUUGACACAAUCCAAAAUAACUUAUCAGUACAUCACAUGAAACAGAUAGUUUACGACGAAAAUGACGAUUGGACCACUCUUGAAGGACAGCACAACCACGCCCACGACUGGGUGGGUGGUAUGAUGUCUAUUCUGGACGAUUCGCCGCGGGACCCUGUCUUCUUUUUACAUCACGCUUUCAUCGAUUACACAUGGACAAAAUUUAUUAGAAAACAACAAAAAUUGUUCGUGGAAGAAGAAUAUGAAAGUGUCGGCCAGGAUGUAAAACGACAUUAUCCUAACCGAACAAUGGACUGCUUCUAUUGGCUGAGAAAUGUCGACGGUCUUGAUCCAAAAUUGGCGGCGAACGUCAUUUAUGAAGAUUCUCCGGAAUGCCCGGAUUGCGGACAUUCCAAAUACCUGAAAUGUGAUGCCACUUUCAAUAUAUGCAUCCCUGAUGACAAAACAGAAACAGCGGGCACAAAUCGUGUCUACCCGCUGUGGCAGCUACAUGUGUGUCUUCUCUGUUCUCUGUUUUAUCAUUUAUUUUUGUGAUUUUGAGCACUAAACCUCUUUGCGUCGUGGCAGAAGUAUACUCAUACUCUUAGCUAUGUCAAUUUAUAGUGAUUGAUUGUUAUUGAUUGAUUGUUUCAUUAAAUAUAAAUAUUC